AUGAACAUCAGACAAGAGGAUAUUGCUGCUGAAAACAUUCUCAAAAGAGCAGAGUUGAAUAGAAUUACAAGACAGUUGAAAUCUCGUUUAUCAAAGACAAACUUGAAAUCAAAACUAAAAGAGAAGAAGUCGUUAUCAAACAUAAGCAACCAUCAUCAUAAUACUCUUCAUUCUUCACCUGCAAUCACUAAAUCCAAUUUAACAACACCUAAAAGGGUCCACAAGAAGAAAUCCAUUGAAUCUAUUGAUGCUAACAAGACUGAAGAUGAAGCAUCCCCUAUUAGAAACAAUAAUAACAAUUUACCACCUUCAUCCCCAUUAUAUGAAGAAUUCCAAAUCCCAAUAAUCCCAAAGACCCCACCACAACAGAAAAUCACAUUAAACACAGAUAUUUAUAACUCUUCAUCAACUAAUAAAACUCAAAUCAACUAUUCAUCGCCAGUUGCUAAACAACAAGGUUUAUCAUCAUCAGCUACCCAACCACCACCACAACAACAUUUAUCCACACCUAAACGUCCAAGAGACGAAGGUGCAGACUUGUUAAUGUUUUUAGCAACAUCUCCAUCACCUGUUCAAUACAAGAAUUAUCCAUCAACUCCAUCAAGAUCGAUAACCCAAUCAACAUCCCAAACAAACAUCCCAUCCUCCUCCUCACAACAACAACUAUUACAACCAAAGAGUAAUAAUAACGGAUCACAUAAAUUCGCCACACCAGCCACACCUAAAAGAAGUAUUAAUUUGAUGAAGACUCCUGGUUUUAAUAUGAAUGAUUAUGUUAAUCUUUUUUCACCAUCUCCUAGAAUCUCAAGAACACCUGGGACAAUCACCACCACCAACGCAAUGGUUAAUAAUUCUAGUGGAUUGAACCAGAUCAAUGGAUUGGAACACCAUCAUCAACAAAUUGAAGAAAGAAAUGAUAUUAAAGAUGAUGUUUCUGGUAAAUUAAUUAAAUUCUGA